CUGGGAGCCGAAUGCGGCCGGCGGUGCCGCAUCGGUCAUGGCGACCAGCGGCACUUCAAUCGCCGCAGUAGCUGCGCAAGCGGCGGCAGCUGCACGCGAGGGCCAGCGUGCACUGUACCGAUGGCAGCUGUUGCGCUUGUACUACAAGUUCCCGCAUAAGCACCGGACGGUCCUCGUCGACAGGUGGCACGAGAUCUUUGACAAGGUGGUUGGGGAGGCAACUCGCGGGGCGCGGGCCAAGGAGGUUAUGGCAUGGAAGCGUCUGGGGGCCGCCGUGCAGGUUAGCGCCGGGGGCGCUGUAAGGAACUUGGCUGCAAGCCCCGCGCCCAAUUCCGCACGGAAGACCUCUGCCCCUGGCGCUUCUCAUAGCCCUGCAGCCUCCUGGCGGAGCCAGGGUGGCUCACCGCCAAAGUCUAACGCCGGCUCCCGACACACCACCCCAAGCCGUCUGACGGCUGCAGCAGCAGCCGCUGCGUCCGUGCUAAUGUCACCGGGCUCCUCGCAGCGCCUGUUUCGCAGCGCAGGCGGCGGAAGCAACAACGUAAGCGGCCGUGCCGGUGGCAGCGGCGUUAGCAACGGCAGCCGAAGCCAUCCUGGCGGCGCCCCUACACCCCCGCCAGUAGGGAUGGACUCUAGGGUGGAGAUUGUCAUGGCUGCCGAGGACGUCAAGCCCGCCAAGAGCCGCAGCCAGGCUGGUGGCCUCCUCAAGGGGUCUAGCUUUGGCAUUCGUCAAGCAGCUGCCGCCGCCCCUGCUGCUAGCCAGGGCCCCGUUGCGUCCACCGCAGCGGAAAUCCCCGAACCAGCACCUGCGGCAGCACCUCCUGCGGUAGCAGCACCUCCUGCGGCAGCUAUGAACACAGGAGCCCCAGCUGCCAAGGCAGCAUCCUCACGCCGUCUUUUUGCAGGCCCUGUGGCAACAGAACCACCCGCUACCGCUGCCGCCGCCACAGCCGCACCUUCUCGCGGCAGCAGCUUCAAGACUGACAAGGUCGGAGCCCCUCAAUCGGGUUCUGGGACCGAGAACAAGCCCACCGCUAGCGACGCCACUGGUGCCAGCAAGGGCUCGACCGCUGGCAUCUGCGACCGCACCACACCCCCUAAGCCACUAUUCAACGUCCAGGUCAACACCUCCAUUCCCGCGCCGCCCCUCUAUCAUAGCCCCAGUCCACGCAGCCCUGCAAGCAACAUACCCCGAACCUCUGCAGGCGGCCCCAACCGCUCCUCCAUUCCCUCGCUACGAUCCCAGCCAUGUACACCGGGCUCCAUCGCUCAGGUUGCUGGCGCCCCUGCCAAGACGCCGACUCCUGCGACAGCCCCUUCCCAGCCGCCCAGUUCCGCACGAAACCCGCUGCGGCUGUCGACACAGCCAGGAGGCAGCGGCAUUCCGACGCCGCAGGCGGCCACCUCGCCUGUCGCGCGCCAAAGCAAGAACGGCAGCGGCAUUCCCGCUGCCGCAGGAGCCCUGGCGUCUUCUUCUGUGGCACGUAAUAGUGCGGCCAGCCGGCUCCCGCGUCCCUCUCUCAGUGGCAACACAACGCCGCUUACCACCCCGCAAAUCACCCCGCAAGCCACCCCCGCAGCUAGUCCCUUUACUACGAAAGUAGCCACGGCGGCGCUCGCCCCUGUCGUCACAGCAGCUGCAGAUGCGGCUCCUGGCGCGGCAGCCGAUGCAGCCGCUACCGCAGCCGUCAUUCGCACAUCCUCUACAAACCCAACGUCGGGAGUUGCACGCUCGCUUUUCCCCGGCGGCGAUGGUGGUGUCGCAACCGGAAGGCCCUCCAUUCUGCGGCCGCCCAUGCUGAGCAGCAUUCCGGACCCAGCCGACCCAGUUGCACCCGUUCGCCUCAAGGAGUCCUGCUCGGUUCCAGACUCUGCCGGUGACGGUUUCGUUACAAUAGCCUCCGUCACCACUGACGCUGUUGCUGGUACGGCAACGGCGUUAGCUGCCGUCCCCAGCACUGGUAGCGCCAUGGAGGUGGAUGCGGCUGCCGUCAUCUCUGCUGCUGGCGUCGCUGCUGCCGGCGCCGAUGCCGCCAUUGCGGACAUGGGGUCCAUGGAUCUGCUUUCCCCGGAUGCCGAUCAGCUGGCCGCUUGGGCCUCGCAGGCUGCAGCAGCAAUGGCUGGCGGGUCGCCACGCAAGUCAGAGCCCCAGCUGGAGGAAGGAAAGUACCUGGAAGGCCGCCAGACGUCGCAAGGGCAGCUGAAGAAGGUGCGGAAGCCGUGGGACGAGGCGCCAGUCACCGCCGGCGAGGAUGGCGUGUCCGUGAAAUCCAUGGCAGCGGAGACGGGAGCAGGAACGGCUGCGGAGGAGCCGUCCAGCAAGCGAAUGCGUAUGCCGCUUAGCCCAAGGGACGUGGACAACAACUCCCCGAAACGCGCGGUCUCGGCGGGAGGUCUCCUCGCCGCCAAGGUUGCCGCUGCCAGUAUGGCGGCUGGCACCGUCAGCGCUGGCGGGGUAGAAGUGUCGCCGUCAAUGCGCGCGUCGUCAGUCCGCACAAGGCGCUAGUGACGAGGCGCUGCGAGCAUAUGCAAUGCUGCAGGCGCUAUGCUUGUACUCGACGUCCUUCACCUUUAUCGUGGGACUCGCCACCUCGCAUGCAGGUCGCAUGUGCUACCCCAUGGAAUGUUUCGAAGGGACCAACCUUAGUGAACAUUGGUGACCGUGCACGGAAGACUGUCCUUAUUCUUAUAACGCGUGGUACCAACCUAGGCACACGCCGUAUUUGUAGGGCGUUAGAGCAGGUGAUAGGCUAUUGGUCAUCGGCUAUGCAAGCAGUGAUUAAUUCUCUUUGAGCCGCUUGUGUCCAUUGUUCCUUGUGGUUGGGAAAUUAGGAGGUUUUAGGAGGUGCUAGUCGAUAGACGCAGGUAUAGCUUCUGUUAAUUCAUAGGUGUUUCGGGGUGUCAAUGUACAGCGUAUGAUGCACCGUUAUAGCGAACGCCCAACGUCUGACAAGUAGGUGGCUUGCACGUGUGCAUUGGGUACGGCAGGCUUGUGCUGAACUGCAUGCGCUCUGUUAGCAGCAUGCGUGCGAGGCGCAAGUGCUCAUCUUGCCGUACACUAUACAUGACAGGCGUAGCAAGUCCUACUCUUCCAUGGGAUGCCUUGAUGGCCCAAAUAGCCACGUGUUUUGUUUUGUUUACUGAACGUGAUGCGAACGAUGCGUAUUUUGUUUGCUGUACCUGGUAGAUAUAGACAUAUAGUAUGGUACGGGGUUGGGUAAUGCAGUAGACAGUACAGUAGGAGCCUUAGAUCUAGAUAUCAUUACAGGACACGGUGAGAGGCCUUCGGAUUUCCUUCGGAAUGAAUUACAAUAUGUUCACGUAUGCUAUGUUACAGUUAGAAUGUAGGGCUCUGUCGCUAGAGGGUAGGAG